UCGAUCAAUCACCAUCGUCGAAUCUUUUGCUAAGACCUCGAAUUCGAAACAAUCCCAAGUCACUGAGUUGAAAAUGGUGUUGAUCGAAAGCGAAAGCGAUGACGAAAUCUCCGUCACAGAAGUACCAAUUCCAUCGCGUUCUUCCUCGUCGACUCCCAAAACAACUGAGGCGAAAAUCGUCGGCGGAGAUGAUUCCGAGGGGUUCGAAACUGCCAGCGAACGUGAAGUCAGCGAUAACGAAGAAGAAGAGGAAGAAGGUGAUAGGAAAGAAGACGCGAUAGAGAAUCAGGAGCCACAGCCGUCGGAUAACCCUGAGAAGAAGGAAGAUCAGGUCGAGGCCGUUACCGAUGUUGGAUCAAAUCAGAAGGAGAAAGCGUUGGAAGAUGCAAAUGAAGCUAAAAUGGAAGGAAACAAGCUGUUUGGAAAUGGUCUUUACGAAGAUGCAUUGUCAAAGUAUGAGCUUGCUUUACAGUUUGCUCAGGAGUUUCCUGAAUCUGUGGACCUUCGAUCUAUCUGCCAUUCAAACAGAGCUAUAUGUUAUCUCAAAUUGGGUAAAUAUGCAGAAGCAAUCAAGGAAAGCACAAAAGCGAUAGAGCUGAAUCCGAGCUACACUAAAGCUUUGGUUCGUCGUGCAGAAGCUCAUGAGAAGCUUGAACAUUUUGAAGACGCCCUCACCGAUUUGAAGAAGAUAUUAGAACUGGACCCUUCAAACGAUCAAGCUAGAAAAGGGAUUAGGCGUUUGGAACCAUUGGCGGCUGAGAAACGAGAAAAGAUGAAAGAAGAAGCCUUAGCAAAGUUGAAGGAGAUGGGAAACACGAUAUUGGGCAAAUUUGGGAUGAGUGUAGACAACUUCAAGGCUGUGAAAGAUCCAAACACUGGCUCUUACUCUUUUUCUUUCCAAAACUAGUCAACCACAUUCCUCAUGGUUUUGCAUCAACCAUUUUAUGUUCACCGUGGUGAUAUCAGUAUGUUUAUUGUCGAUGAAUUUGUACUGGAAGGUAGAAGAUUCGUUUGUUUUCAUGGCUUCAAAUAAUUUCUGUAAAUUCUUUGUGAAAACAAUUUGGCAUGGGGUAUUA